AUGACUGGCCACCUUUCAUCAAAGAUAUAUGUCUUUAGAAACAACCGUGAACAAAUUCCUAAUAAUCUUUAUAGUUUCUUAGUGUGUGGUUCGGCAUUUGGUAAAAGUGCAUUUUACCGUUUGUUUUUGAACGCUAUUGGUAAAUGUUCUCUAUCUGAUGAAACACAUUUUGAUACUUCAUUUGAUGAUCAAAGUUCGUCAACCGAUACCAUUGAUACAAGACAUCUCAUCAAUGAAAUGUCACGUGGUGGCUUAUUAACAGAACUAAGUGAAAACAAUAAAAUAUUAUUGCUUGACGAAGCAGAUGGUUGUUUGAAAAGAAAUGGUCUUAUUCCGGAUGCAUCCAUAAGCGAACACAACAACGUUUAUGAAUUAAUUCUCACAUUAUAUUCUGGCAAGACAACCGUCACCAAAAGUCUGACAAAUUCAAGAAAAAGUCUUUUCUUACAGAAGCUAAAUAUAUUAGCUAAUACAACAGAAGAACCAAUUAUAAGGUUAUUAAAAAGAAAACGUAGUGGCGAUGUUUCCAAUCCAUUUGCUGAACGUUCCUUAUUCCUUUUUGUAUCAACACCACUGACUCUCGAACAGCCAUUUCCACCCGUAUGGAAUUAUGAAUCUGAACCCACCAUCGAACAGAUUGCUGUCACAUGUAGUUUAUUGAAAAACUUGCAUUUUUAUUAUGGUACAACUGCUCGUUUGAUGACAAUCAGUUAUGGUAACUUAUUGUGUAAAUUAAUGAUCAAAAAUGAAAAAAUCGACAAAUGGUUAACUGCUCGCUUGGGAAAAUCUCGCGAACAUAUUCAUCGAAUUGCUGUAAAUUUACAAUUAAUCCAUUUAACAUUUGAUUUAAUUGAUCAAUAUAAAUCUGAAUUUGGAAGUUUGAAAGAAGAAUCUGGUUUAUCUAUUUUUAAACAACGAAUGGAACAAAUAGUAAAAAACUUUCUCGGUAGAGAAAAUGAAAAAAUCACAGUUAAACUUGAAAUUCGUUUGUCAGUUGCAAAUUCAGCAGUGAGAAUGCUGAACAUUUUAUUACAUCAAUAUUUAUGUAUAUUUUGUGGAAAAAAUAUUAUUCUAGAUGCUGGUGGACUUGAAACAACUAAACAUACCAUUUGUAGUUCAACUGAAGAAAUUACAACAGCGACAAUAUUAGCUGCAUAUGAAGAAUUAACACCACAUGAAAAAUCAAUUUAUGAUUUGGCGAGAGCAAUUUUAUUACAUAAUGAAAUUGCUUUCACGAAAACAACACUUAGUCGUUGUAUUCCACUAUGGAAACGAAGUACUAAUUAUCAUGAAGCUGCUAUUGAAUUAUUGACAAACAAAAAUCUUAUUAUUAAUUUUGAAAAAGCAGCAAAACAAUCAACGACAGGACGAUCUUUACAUAUAUUACUUAAAUGUGUGCCUAAGUCAUAUGAUUCAAAUCAUAUAGAAGAAUUUCAACAAUUACUUAUCGAAUUCAAUAUUGGCUGGGAAUCAUUUAAACGGACAUUAUGUCGUCUUCAGCCUCCUGUUGGUGUCAUUAUUAGUGCUGCACUAGCUGGUAUAUUGAAGAAUCCACAGUAUCAACUUUUCAUCAAUUUUGAUGUUGAUGCUUUAACAAAAGUUUCAUUAGAUAAUGUUUCUGAUCAACUAGUGAUGUCAUCUGAAGAUUCAUCAUCAAGUGUUUUAAAUAUUCCACAAUCAAAUUCUACUACUACAACACCUUCUAUUGCAUCAAUUUCGAUUAUUUUACCAACAACAAGUGUUGUAAGUGAUGUUCCUAUUCAGCUAGCUGAAACUACCACUAGUUUUCAGCUGCCUCGUCCAAAAAAUGUAACUGCAAAGCGAACUAAACAAACUAUGGUAAACAAAGCUUAUAUAGAUAAAAACUCGUAA